AUUCCCUCUUUCUCUUUAAUACGCCAAAAUCAUGUCUAUGGAGGCAUUGUUUAAUCAGCAAGGUCAUUUCAGUGUUCUACACUUUGACAACGUCGUACGAGCAUUCUACGCGGGCGACAUGACUACCGCACAACCUGUUUUGACCGCUUUUCAACAACACCCGGAUUCUUGGCAAGUAGCUGAUCAGAUUCUGGAAGGAUCUCAUGUUUUACAAGCAAAGUUUAUUGCAUUGCAAGUACUUGGAAAGUUCAUAGCGUCACGAUGGAAACAUCUUGCACAGGAGCAACGAUUAACAAUACGCAAUUAUAUCGGAUCUGUUAUCGUAUCGCGAUCAUCCAACGAAGCUACAAUGCAAACAGAAAAGGCGUACUUGAGCAAGCUAAACAUGGUCCUUGUCGAAAUUGUCAAGAAAGAAUGGCCUGAAGAAUGGCCAACGUUUAUUAAUGAAAUGGUAUCAUCUGCUCACGCAAAUUUGAGCCUUUGCGAAAACAACUUGGUGAUAUUGCGACUAUUAAGUGAAGAUAUUUUUGAAGCAUCCGAAGAACUACAGGCUGCAUGGAAAACACGUAGACUGAAGGAUCAAAUGGUGACAGAUUUUGGACCGGUGAUCGAGCUAUGUCAUGAAGUACUUUCAAACCGGCCUUCAAAAAAGCUCGUUGAAACUACAUUGGAAAGUCUGUCCUGUUUUCUCAAAUGGAUGCCACCAAAUGUCAUAUUCGAUACAGACUUGAUGCCAGUGUUAUGUAGUCAGAUACCAUCCAAUGCUGAGAGAGCACAGCGAGUCGAUAUAAUGGCACUUAAAUGCUGUACUGAGAUCGCUGGGCGACAAGAUUUUCCGCAAAAGUUUCAGCAAAAGCUAGUCGUGCUGAUCCAGGGCGUCAAACACACGAUACGUGAAAUGAUCUCAAUGAAUGGAGAUAUCACUGGACUAUAUAGAAACGAAAAUCUGAAUGGUGAAGAUAUUAUGUACAAUUAUACCUUAUUCGUCACGACUUCGUUGAGUUGUCAUGGUGAGGCUGUAGCUGCUUUAGAUGUUCAACUUUUACAACAAUUGCACCAGGAUCUGCUUGUCUUAUCUACGCUUGACGAUGAUAUGGAGAUAUGGCGAAUGUGUGCGGAAUAUUGGGUGUAUUUGUCGUCUGAUAAGUGUAGUUAUAUGAAGCAAUGUAAUUAUAUAUUCCGUGAGCUACGACGUAUCACCAUUGGGCGUAUACCGAAUCCAGACAACGUCCUAUUAAUUGAUGAAGAAGAAGAUGGUAUAAUCUCCCGCGAGUUUGUGGAAAGCAGUGAAAAUCCUGAAACGUUCAAGAUCACCAAACAUCUUUUAUGUAACUUGGUGAGGAUGGAUGUUGAAAACGACACAGAAAGCGCCUUACGAGAGAGACUUGCUCGAAAUCAGACAGACAGCUUUGUACAGUGGUGGAAGAAUCUUUGUCAAGUAUCGUGGUCAAUGGGUGCUAUUGUUGGUGUUCUUGAUCCGACACAAGAAUUUCAAUUAGUCAACCAGUGCUUGGCUGACUUGGACCAUGUGUGCGUCAACAGUAGCGACAGGAUUGAAAGUAUAGAGCCUUGUAUACUUUAUAUUUUCUCACAAUAUCCAAAUGUGUUGUACCAGCGACAAGACUUGUUUUCCAAGGUUAUUGGCCUUGUUAACAAGUACUUGCACGACAAGGAAACAAGCAUCCAAAAGUUCGCAGCCCAUGCAUUGGUAGAAAUCUGUCAGGGUAUACGGAACAAUCAGGCUUUGGUGCGCCAGGAUGGUGGGACUAUGUUUCUACAGGACCUUCUGGUACACUUACCUUCGCUGACAAUGGACCUAGAUGUAUAUCAAACAUGUCAAGUAUACCAUGCAAUCGGCUGCGUACUUUUGACAGCUCCGGGACACCACGAACAACAUAUGCAAAAGCUUAUGGAUGGACUAAAUCAGACGCUCAAGAUGGCUCUUUAUCAAACCCAACAAGUAGAGUCGGAGAGACUUAAAACAUUAACCGACGUACUACGAGUAAACUUAGCAGUUUGCAACUCUGUUAACGAUAUCUACGAAUCCCAGUUGAAAGAAAUUUAUCAAGAAUUGCUCACUGCCUAUCGUUUUGCAAGUGAAGCUGGAUCAAACCCACUAUCCAAUAACUUUCGAGAACGAAUCAAGGAACAAAUCUGCUUACUGCUCCAGACAUACAUUAAAAGCAAACAUAGUAUCUCUGGGAAUGAUCAGAAUUUAAUCAGUCCGUUGCUCCAAGAAUUCGUAUCGUCACCACCCAACAAAAACGACGUUUCUGAUAUCUUUGCCACUUUGAUUGAGAAGCACUUGGGUAAUGGAGAGGCGAAUGUUAUCAACGAACAACUAGUACGGUCCGUACUGGAAAUCGCAUAUUUUCACGUGUUUGAACGGAUAUAUACUGAGAUCAAGCCUGACUUUGCAAGCUUUUACGAAAAGCGUUCUGGCUUUUUCCGGCUCGUUCAAGCCUUUAUAGCUUAUGCAUUUCAUGAACUUUCAACGUUACUCCAGGAAGAUAAAUUUACAUUGAUCGUUGACAGUAUAUUAUGGGGUAUCCAGCAUCCAAGUCACGAAUUAAGCAAUCAGGCUUUGGAAAUCUGUAGUAUAUUGUUGAAUCGGAUAGCUCAAGUUGAGGACGAGGAUCAACAGAACGCUUUAUACAGCUUAUAUUACAUGAAAAUACUAGACAUUAUCCUCCAUACCAUCACAGAUUACGAUCGUCGUACACAGUUUGAAUUACAAAGCCAAAUUCUGGCCCAUCUUCUUGAACUUGUUCAGCAAGGCGAAAUAUACACACGACUCUAUCCAGAAGGCAUAGGAUCCAAUGCGGAUUAUGUUCAGGAACAUGUGCGUUCAAAAUUGAUGGAGAUAUAUCCGUCGUUGCCACAAAACCAGAUCGAUCUAGUAGCGCAGGGCAUGCUUGAAUACAGCGACGAUAUUGCUCGCUUCCGCCAAGAUCUGAUUGACUUCAUGGCUGACUUUAGGUCGAGUGAUGACUUUUCAAACGAUGUCAUUUUGGACCAACAAACAGAACUUGAGCUUUUGGGCUCUUUGACUAGGUAACAAAGAAGCAAGCAGCAGCAAUAAAACC